UCCGGUUCUCUGUCCUGGCACCUGGUGCUGUAUCUCCGCACCCCCGACAUGUCGGGUUUCAGCCCGGAGCUCAUCGACUACCUGGAAGGGAAGAUCUCCUUUGAGGAGUUCGAAAGGCGGAGAGAAGAGAGAAAAACCCGCGAGAAGAAAAGUCUUCAGGAAAAAGGAAAGUUAUCAGCUGAAGAAAAUCCAAAUGACUCUGAAGUUCCAUCAUCAUCAGGAAUUGACUCCACCAAAUCGCGAGACAAAGAUGUCAAUGAAGGAGAAAUGUCAGAUGGAGUCAGUAAGUCAGUUCACAAGGUCUUUGCUUCCAUGCUUGGUGAGAAUGAAGAUGAUGAGGAGGAAGAGGAAGAAGAGGAGGAGGAGGAAGAAGAAACACCUGAGCAACCCACUGCGGGCGAUGUGUUUGUACUGGAGAUGGUUCUCAAUCGUGAAACCAAGAAAAUGAUGAAAGAGAAAAGGCCUCGAAGUAAACUUCCCAGAGCUCUGAGGGGUCUCAUGGGUGAAGCCAACAUUCGCUUUGCUCGAGGAGAACGUGAAGAGGCGAUAUUGAUGUGCAUGGAAAUCAUAAGACAAGCUCCUCUGGCUUAUGAGCCAUUUUCUACUCUUGCUAUGAUAUAUGAGGACCAAGGUGACAUGGAAAAAUCUCUUCAGUUUGAGUUGAUUGCUGCACAUUUAAAUCCUAGUGACACCGAAGAAUGGGUUAGAUUGGCAGAAAUGUCUCUGGAACAAGACAAUAUUAAGCAGGCUAUUUUUUGCUACACAAAAGCUCUUAAAUAUGAACCUACUAAUGUCCGUUAUCUAUGGGAGCGAUCAAGCCUUUAUGAACAGAUGGGAGAUCAUAAGAUGGCAAUGGAUGGUUAUAGGCGUAUUUUAAACCUUUUGUCUCCAUCUGAUGGAGAACGUUUUAUGCAAUUGGCUAGAGAUAUGGCAAAAAGUUACUAUGAAGCCAAUGAUGUUACUUCAGCUAUUAAUAUAAUUGAAGAAGCUUUCUCAAAACAUCAGGGCCUUGUCUCCAUGGAAGAUGUUAACAUAGCAGCUGAACUAUACAUUUCUAACAAACAUUACGACAAAGCUUUGGAGGUAAUUACAGAUUUUUCUGGAAUUGUGCUGGAAAAAAAUGCAGAAGAAGGAACUUCAGAAGAGAAUAAAGCUGGUGAGAAUGUUACCUGCACCAUACCUGAUGGUGUGCCAAUAGAUAUCACAGUGAAAUUGAUGGUCUGCCUUGUACAUCUCAACAUCCUCGAACCACUUAAUCCUCUUUUGACAACACUAGUGGAACAGAAUCCUGAAGAUAUGGGAGACCUCUAUCUAGAUGUUGCUGAAGCUUUUCUGGAUGUUGGUGAAUAUAAUUCUGCACUUCCUCUCCUUAGUGCACUAGUCUGCUCUGAAAGAUACAACCUUGCAGUAGUUUGGCUUCGGCAUGCAGAAUGUUUAAAGGCCUUAGGCUAUAUGGAACGUGCUGCGGAAAGCUAUGGCAAAGUGGUUGAUCUGGCCCCUCUUCAUUUGGAUGCAAGAAUUUCACUUUCCACCCUUCAGCAGCAGCUGGGCCGUCCUGAGAAAGCUCUGGAAGCUCUGGAACCAAUGUAUGAUCCAGAUACUUUAGCACAAGAUGCAAAUGCUGCACAGCAGGAACUGAAGUUACUGCUUCAUCGUUCUACUCUGCUGUUUUCUCAAGGCAAAAUGUGUGGUUAUGUGGACACCUUACUUACCAUGUUAGCCAUGCUUUUAAAGGUAGCAAUGAAUAGAGCCCAAGUUUGUUUGAUAUCUAGUUCCAAAUCUGGAGAGAGGCAUCUCUACCUUAUUAAAGUGUCAAGAGACAAAAUAUCAGACAAUAGUGACCAAGAGACAGCAAAUUGUGAUGCAAAAGCAAUAUUUGCUGUACUCACGAGUGUCUUGACAAAAGAUGACUGGUGGAACCUUCUGUUGAAGGCCAUAUACUGCUUGUGUGACCUAUCCCGAUUUCAGGAGGCUGAGUUACUUGUGGAUUCUUCAUUGGAAUAUUAUUCAUUUUAUGAUGACAAGCAAAAACGGAAAGAACUAGAAUACUUUGGUCUUUCUGCUGCAAUACUGGACAAAAAUUUCAGAAAGGCAUACAACUAUAUCAGGGUAAUGGUAAUGGAAAAUGUCAAUAAACCUCAGCUCUGGAACAUUUUCAAUCAGGUUACCAUGCACUCCCAAGAAGUACGACAUCAUCGCUUCUGUCUUCGCCUAAUGCUGAAAAACCCAGAUAAUCAUGCCCUGUGUGUCUUAAAUGGACACAAUGCAUUUGUAUCUGGUAGUUUUAAGCAUGCACUUGGACAAUAUGUGCAAGCCUUUCGCACCCAUCCCCAUGAACCUCUCUAUAGCCUCUGUAUAGGCCUAACGUUUAUUCACAUGGCAUCUCAGAAGUAUGUAUUAAGGAGACAUGCUCUUACUGUGCAGGGAUUUUCCUUUCUUAAUCGAUACCUCAGUAUACGUGGACCUUGCCAGGAGUCAUUCUACAAUUUGGGCCGUGGCCUUCACCAGCUGGGGCUGAUUCAUCUUGCAAUCCACUAUUAUCAGAAGGCCCUGGAACUCCCUCCACUUGUGGUAGAGGGUAUAGAAGUUGACCAGUUAGACUUGCGAAGAGAUAUUGCCUACAACUUGUCUCUCAUUUAUCAGAGCAGUGGGAAUAUUGGAAUGGCUCAAAAGCUUUUGUAUACCUAUUGCUGUAUAUAAAGUACCUCAACUGAGAAAGAAGCAUUGGUGCUCUGUGUGUGGACCAGUAUUUUCUGUCUAAGGGCUUACUUAGUAUUAACCCCAAACCGGAAAUGACAAUUUCAGAAUUAUCUGUGUAUUUAAUUUUUAAUAUGUGAUAAUCUUUUGAUAUGCAAAAUUAUCAUUCCUAUAAGAAUUUGUACAUUCUUCUGUCAUUUUCUUUUAGUAUUUUUUAGUAAAAUUGUCCCCAAAGGUGAAAUGGAGAAUGUUAGCCUUUAAGCCAGCUUGGGGUUAAAUAUGCUAAUUUUUUACUCAUACCAUUUAUUCAUCUGUGCAUUCAGUACUAAA